AUGCCCCACCUCCAACCUUCUUCCUCCCCCGACUUGCGUGCCCGUGACCCAACCACCGCCUCCCUCCUGGCACCUUCCUCCACGCCCGAGGCCACCGCGCCGCCGGCCAUCGCGCCCGAGCCCGCAUCGCGCCGUCCCACCCUCCCCUUCGCCAGAUCCGAAGCGGCCGCGGCCCCUCCCGUGUCGCCCACCCUCCCCUACGUGCCGCCCGGCCACCGCCUCCCCCCGCGACAGCCGCUGAUCUGCACCACUGCCGCGCAGGAACGCCAGAGCAACACCGAAGCUGGGCCGCCUCCUCUUCCUUCUUUCCUUCUUCCUUCUCACCGCACCCUCUCAACUCGCUCGUGA